GUUAUGUCAGCUUUGUUGUGUGUAACUGAAACAACCUAAACAUCAAUUAAAUACAAAAACAUAUGUGCCUGGGGUGAUUGAUCUGAAUUGUUGAAAUUGAGAUCGUGCGACGAGGAAGGAAAUGCUCACUAUCGCAUGAGCAGUGGUCCUCGCAUACUGAAAAUUUAUCGGUUAGGAAGCGGGAACAUAAUCUGGAGCAAUAAAUGAGUCUUUCUUUAGACUGUGCGUUGUUUUAACGAGGUCUAAUUUGUACAUACCAGUGCAAGGAAGUAUGUUGAACUGUGCGAUCAUGGAUAAAUCUGGAAAGCUCAUUCAACUAUUAGCUGUAAUAUUAUUAAUAGUUCGUCAUAUUGGAGCUUCAGAUGAAGUGAAGGUAUUUACAGUAGCCACUGAUGACACACAUGGACUAGACAGAUUUCUUCGAUCUGCCAGAGUCUAUGGCAUUGAUGUUGAAGUAUUGGCCAAAGGGAAGGAAUGGACUGGAGGUGAUAUGAAAUAUGCAGGUGGAGGACAGAAGAUCAACAUUUUGAAAGAUGAAUUAUCAAAAUUGAUGAAAUCAGAUGACAAUAAAGACAGAAUCAUACUAUUCACUGACAGCUAUGAUAUUAUGUUCCUCUCGACCUUAGAAGAUAUUCUGAAGAAGUUCAAAUCUUUUAAAGAUACACGGGUUUUAUUCUCUGCUGAGCAAUUUUGCUGGCCAGACAGCAAGCUGGCUGGUCAUUACCCCAAGACUGAGGUUGCGAACCCGUACUUAAACUCUGGAGCAUUUAUAGGGUAUCUUCCUGAGUUACUUGAAAUAUUGAAUCACAAACCUAUAAAAGAUCAGGAUGAUGACCAAUUGUACUACACAAAGAUUUACUUAGACAAGGAAUUAAGACAUAAUUUGAAGAUUUCACUUGACCAUGAUUCAAAAAUAUUCCAAAAUCUAUAUGGAGCUUUAUCCGAUGUCCAAUUGAGAUCUAACACUACAGAAGAGUGGCCUUAUAUAGAAAAUGUAGUGACAAAGGAAAGACCGCUGAUUGUACAUGGGAACGGUCCAUCUAAACUCACUUUAAACCACUUAGGCAACUAUUUAGCCAAGUCGUGGUCCAUGAAAGAGGGAUGUGCGCUUUGCAAUGAGAAAAAGAUUGAACUUAAGGAAAAUGAAUUACCAAACGUCAUGAUGGCGGUGUUUAUAGAACAAGCGACGCCAUUCAUGGAAGAGUUUUUGCAACAAUUAAAUGACAUUGACUACCCUAAAUCUAAGAUUCAUUUGGUAUUGAGAAAUAAUGUGGAGUAUCAUGAAACUGAAGUUGAUGAUUUUUUCCAAGCGCACUCCAAAAACUAUGCCACCGCGAAGCGUAUCAAACCGGAUGAUUUUAUCUCAGAAUCUGAAGCAAGGAAUAUUGCCAAGGAUAGGUGCGUUAACAGCGUCUGCGACUACCUUUUCUCCGUCGACAGCGUGUCCAGAGUGAAACCUGACACGUUGCGUUAUCUCGUUUCGUCUGGAUAUGACGUCAUCGCACCGAUGUUGGUGCGGCCCGGACAAGCUUGGUCUAAUUUCUGGGGGGCGAUCAACUCUGCCGGCUUCUACGCUAGGUCCGCGGACUAUAUGGAUAUAGUUUACCAAGCCGUCAGAGGGGUAUGGAAUGUUCCUUUCAUCACGAAUUGCUACCUCAUGAAGAUGUCAUUAUUCAGGAAUACAGAGGCCAAGUCCGUCACCUAUUCGUCCGAAGAUGUGGAUGCAGACAUGGCGUUCUGCUCUAAUUUGAGGCAACUAGGUAUAUUCAUGCACGUGAGCAACGAGAUGGACUUCGGACAUUUGGUGAAUCCUGAGAACUAUGAUGUCAGCCGCACCAACCCAGAUGUGUACAGUUUGUUCGAUAAUAAACUCGAGUGGGAAGCUCGCUAUCUCCAUGAAAACUAUAGUGUUAAUUUCGAAGAGGGCCGAAAACACUUGAUGCCAUGUCCAGACGUGUAUUGGUUCCCGUUAAUGUCCAAAAGGUUCUGUAAAGAAUGGAUAGAAGUUAUGGAAGCAUACGGGAAAUGGAGUGAUGGCUCUAAUAAUGACAAACGUCUAGAAGGAGGUUACGAGGCAGUUCCCACUCGUGACAUCCAUAUGACCCAAGUCGGGCUAGACCGCCAGUGGCUGCAUAUCCUCAAGGAAUAUGUCCGUCCCCUACAGGAAAUGGUCUUCACCGGCUACUAUCAUAACCCACCGGUGUCAAUAAUGAACUUCGUGGUGCGGUACCGGCCUGACGAGCAACCCUCUCUGCGACCCCACCACGACUCCUCCACAUACACCAUCAACUUGGCUCUCAACACACCCAAUGUCGAUUACGAAGGGGGCGGUUGUCGUUUCAUACGGUACAACUGUUCGGUACAAAACACCAAACGUGGCUGGUUGUUGAUGCACCCCGGCCGCCUGACACACUAUCACGAAGGACUGAAGGUCACCAAGGGCACUCGCUACAUCAUGAUUUCUUUCGUUGACCCGUAAACAAAAUCACUCACUAUAAUUGUGUACAUCUAUAGGUCUUUCAAUCUAAUUUGUACAAAAGUCAAAC